CUCUGAGCCGAUAAAUAUGCUUCUGCGAGAGUUGAAUUAAAAAUAUAUUAGUUUUGUUUUCAAUUAGCCUGUACCAGCUAAUUUUAAAUCAAACUUUCCGGAAAAAAAAAUUAAGCAACAAGUCCUCGAAGACAGGUAAAGGCAUGUCCCUUUUAUGAUCUACACACUGAUCGGAAAAGCGAUAAAUGACAGCAGGCUGAUGCUUUUACGCCAAAAUGCCUAAUUUAUAACCCAGCUGACGGAGUUGAUGAGCUGGGCCCGUCUGGCCGGCUGCGGUCUGAUCCGCCCAAUCACAGACUGGCCCUCCACCACCGGGCUGGCUGGCGUCUGCCUCCCUGGCCGAGACGGGGUCACCGGCAAGGACAGAGGGGGCUGCCGAGUGCACGCCGCCCGCCGCUCAGCGCGUAUAAAAGGCCGGCGACGCGCACACACGUCACUGCUCAAUCGACAGCCGAACGAAUCACCAUGAAGCUCCUGAUCGUGCUGUGCCUCGCCGCCGUGGCUCUGGCCCGGCCCCAGAGUGAGAGGGAUGCCACCAUCGUCGACUACGUGAACGAGCACCGCGAGGACAACUCCUACGACUUCAGCCUGGAGACUUCUAACGGCAUCAUCCGCGAGGAGUCUGGCCUCUCCUACCCUGGCGCCGACCCCGAGACGGGCAGCUACACCCAGUCGGGCAGCUACGAGUUCACCCACCCUGACGGCACCAUCACCUACCUGUCGUUCCUGUCCGACGAGAACGGCUACCAGCCCGAGAGUGACGCCCUCCCCGUCUUCACCGGACGGGUCGACAUCCAGGACGCCUAAAUCUUAGUCACCUUUGAUGUGUUCAGUUCGAUGUUCUUGCGCGCACCUGUUCUUGUUUUGGAUUAUUCGAGAAACAUGCAGGGCGCUUUGAUAAAAUCCAUUGCAUUCAUCACCAUCCGUCUCUGGCCAGCUGAUUGUGUUCACACAAUUUUCUGAAGUCUCAUGUUUCUCUCAGCCUGCAUCGCUUGAUUGAGCCGUCUCAUUAUUGAUGUCGGGCCUCCAUCAGUAAAUACCCAUAUUGUUAUGCUGUACUAUGCUUGUAUUCAUGCAAUACAUUUGCCUUGUACGGUA